UUAACGAUCCUGCUGCCAGCUAGGACUGAUGUGUGCAACGUGGCUUUUUACCUGUAACGUGGCAGUUGACGUGACAGUGACAGUGAUUAAAAAAUUUUGAGUUAGGGUUUCAGAGAGUGUAAUUUUGCCAUCGACGCUCUUUCUCUGCAUUGCGACUAGGUUCUCCGGAAACAAGUUUCAGAUCCCUGUUUUGCGAUUCAAUCAAUGCAUUAAUAAAUUGUACUAGCGAUUGAGUGAAACCAAGAAAGAAUGAUCGUCUCCUAUUGUGCUCAUGAAUUUUUGUAAUGAUUCCACAUAUUGCUUCUUCCCAUGUCUCAAUCUCUUUGUUCUUUUCCACAUUAGCCAAUAAAGCAGACAACUCCCUCUGAAUUGGGAAAGGAACAUCAACCAUCACAUCAUAUGCUGUGGAGGGAAUAAAUGUGAAGAUAUUUUCUGCGAAACCAUUGUAAACUUCAUCUUUUCUUCUCCAGAUACUUUUUGAAGAGGCUGAUCACAGUGAAAGAAAGAAGGGUCAUUAGGGUUUUGCAACUUCCUGGCCUUUACAUCUAAAGAAAUGGUUACUCUUUUGAAGAAAGCUGAAAACUUCGGAUACGGAGGAGUGGACAUCUGAACGCUGAUCAGGGUCUACACCAUCUUCCAAUAUCCUUCCAACUAUCUUCAGCGUCCAGGUUGGAGGCUCUGCACUCGACUUCUUUGGAUUCCAUUCAUCUAGUAUGGUUAUCCCCAAAUCACGAUUUCGAAUAUUCAAACCCUAACUCAGAGUCUUUUUGUAAAAUUUAGUGAAAAACAGUGUCUUUGCCACAUUACGAAGGUAAAAAGCCACGUUGCACACAUCAGUCCACGCUGGCAACAGGAUCGUUAAGUUUUUAACCGUGACCAAAAAGGAUUAACUUGGACACUUUUUUCACAAAGUGGGACCACAUUGAACUUUUUGAAAAAGGUAGGACGAAAUUGAACAUUUCCGUUAUAAAGAGGGACAAAAACAGGUAUUAAGCCUUUAGUGAAUUGGUUCAAGCUUGGCGGGGCAGCAUGAAAUAGGAAUGGAUCAUGUUUUCUUACAACCCAAAGCCGCAAUUACUGCCGAGUUUUAGUGUCGUAAAACGUUGUGUGGUGUCACUACCACACCCAACUUCAUCUUCAGCCACCACAAACUCCCUCAAUGCCAUAAUCAACCACCAUUCAUCCCAAGGUGCUCACCGGCAAGUUCUUGUUACCUAUGCCUCUAUGCUCAAAACCCAUGUCCCUUCUGACGCCUACACCUUCCCCAGCCUUCUUAAAGCUUGCUCUUCUCUCAACCUCUUUUCCCUCGGUCUCUCCCUCCAUCAACGGCUCCUUGUUAAAGGCUUGUCUCUUGAUCCCUACAUUGCUUCUUCUUUGAUCAAUUUCUACGCCAAAUUUGGGUGCGUCGAUGUUGCUCGCAAAGUUUUCGACUUUAUGCCCGUGAGGAACGUUGUACCUUGGACCACCAUUAUUGGCUGCUACUCGCGCAUGGGCCAUGUUUCUCAAGCCUUUUUUCUGUUUGAUGGAAUGCGUCACCAGGGAAUUCCACCCAGUGGCGUUACCAUGUUGAGCUUGCUGCUUGGAGUUUCUGAACUUGCUACCGUGCAGUGUUUGCAUGGUUGUGCAAUUUUGUGUGGGUUUGUGUCUGAUAUAAACUUAUCAAAUUCUUUUCUGAAUGUGUAUGGGAAGUGUGGAAACAUUGAUGAUUCUAGGAAGUUGUUUGAUCACAUGGAUGAAAGGGACUUGGUUUCGUGGAAUUCUUUGAUCUCAGCCUAUUCUCAGAUUGGGAAUCUAUGUGAAGUUUUGCUACUUCUCAAGACGAUGAGGGUACAAGGAUUUUUGCUUGAUCUGCAGACUUUUGGGUCUGUCUUGUCUGUGGCUGCAUCAAGGGGUGAGUUGAAAUUGGGAAGGUGCUUGCAUGGGCAGAUUUUAAGAGCUGGUUUUGACUUGGAUGCACAUGUUGAAACAUCGUUAAUUGUAACGUACCUAAAGUGUGGGAACAUUGACAUUGCAUUUAGAAUGUUUGAACGGAGUUCAGAUAAAGAUGUAGUUUUGUGGACAGCAAUGAUCUCAGGCCUUGCGCAGAGUGGGUCUGCAGACAAAGCACUAGCUGUUUUCCGACGGAUGUUAAAAUUUAGAGUGAAGCCAUCUACUGCUACUAUAACUAAUGUAAUCACAGCUUGUGCACGACUUGGGUCUUGUAAUCUGGGGACAUCGAUUCAUGGCUAUAUACUAAGGCAGGAAUUACAGAUGGAUAUUGGUGUUCAGAACUCUCUUGUUACCAUGUAUGCUAAUUGUGGUCGCUUGGACCAUAGUUCCAUAGUAUUUAAUAUGAUGGACAAAAGGGAUUUGGUUUCCUGGAAUGCUAUGGUUGCUGGAUAUGUUCAAAAUGGUUAUAUUUGUAAGGCCAUGUUCCUUUUUAAUCAAAUGAGAGCUGGUCAUCAAACACCUGAUUCAAUAACCAUUGUUUCCCUCCUACAAGGGUGUGCGUCCACUGGACAACUUCACUUGGGAAAAUGGAUCCACGGUUUUGUGAUAAAAAAUGGCCUUAGACAAUGUAUCUUGGUUGACACUUCUUUGGUCGACAUGUACUGCAAAUGUGGCGAUUUGGAUACUGCCCAGAGAUGUUUCAACCAAAUGCCAAGUCAUGAUUUAGUCUCAUGGAGUGCCAUAAUUGCAGGAUAUGGCUAUCAUGGCAAAGGGGAGAUUGCAUUGAGGUCAUACUCAAAGUUCCUGGAAAGUGGGAUGAAACCCAACCAUGUGAUAUUCCUCUCAGUCCUAUCUUCAUGUAGUCAUAAUGGACUUGUAGAGCAGGGCUUGAACAUAUACGAAUCAAUGACCAAAGAUUUUGGGAUUGCACCAAAUCUUGAACACCAUGCUUGUGUAGUGGAUCUCCUCUGUCGAGCUGGGAGGGUAGAGGAGGCACUCAACGUGUACAAGAAAAAGUUCUCAGAUCCCGUUCUCGAUGUUUUGGGCAUAAUCCUUGAUGCUUGUCGAGCAAAUGGGAAUUGUAAACUUGGUGAUACAAUAGCUAAUGAUAUUCUCCUGCUGAGGCCUACGCAUGCUGGAAAUUUUGUACAGUUAGCGCAUUGCUAUGCUUCAACAAACAAGUGGGAAGAAGUGGGUGAGGCAUGGACUCAUAUGAGAUCUCUUGGCUUGAAAAAAAUUCCUGGUUGGAGCUUUAUUGACAUACAUGGGACCAUCACUACUUUUUUCACUGAUCACAACUCACAUCCUCUGUUUCAAGAAAUAGUUGAUACACUAAAAUUUUUGAGAAAGGACAUGAUCAAAAUGCAGGAAGUGGACAUUAACCUUGAAAGCAGCCACAUGAUAUCACAAUAGCGUGCUGAAAUGUUAUAUCUAAUUGGAAUUUUGUCCACUUAUGAAGUGUCCUGUGAGCCUCCUCAAUGUUUUUGAAUUUCCGUAGAAGAUUGUGACCCAUUCACUUUCUUUUCUUUUACAUUUUUGGGUUGACAUGGCAUCAGGUUCAAAAGAGCUUUUAGCAACAUCCCAACAUUUUUAGCACGGAAAAGGGGUUACACAAGACAAGGAUGCAGAAAAAUGAUUCAUGUACAUCAAAAAGAUACGUUAACAUUUAAUAUAUACCUAGAAAGAGGAAAACAGAUAGAUUUGUAGAUUAUAUAAUAUGAUAAAAAGAAUAGAAAAUAAAAUAUAAAUAUAGCUAAGAUGAAGGUACAUGUGUAUCAUUGUUCAAGAAUAAAUACAUGUAACUUACUCCUACUCUGGAAGAGACAGCUUUUGGGAUUCGAACCUGCAACCUCCAAAUUCCAAACCAACCUUAUUGUUUUA